CUUGAUUGGGAAACAGAAGGUGGCAAGCGGGCGGGCGACUAGUCGGGCCCCGACUGAACAAGCCAGACAAGGAGCUCGCCCUCGGGAGGGAGGCCUACCGGGAUCUCGGUCUGAGGGACCAGAAGGCCCCGUCCCGUGCCACUGCGGUUUGCAGCAGUAAGCUUGGGGCUGUGCUGGGGACUGUUUCGCAUCACCCAGCACCCAGACUCUACAGCCGGGACUGCCACCAUCGUCGUAUGCCUGCCCACCUGCCCACCCGGCUUGUCUGGAGGCGACUGUUUGCUUCUAGGUCCCACUAGAUCAUCGACCCAGUCACGCCGUCUUGAGGAGAGGUAUAAAGCCCAAGUAAGUCUGUCCUCACACGCACGCCGCAUCCAACGUCAGUCAGCUGGUAGUUUUGCCAUCGUCGAGCUGCAUCGACUUCUCGAACACCUGCUGUCGCAUCCCAGACCUGUGCCCCACCACAGUCUAGUACUUACACACAGUACACCACACCAUCUCACCAAUUGAUCGUCGUCACCCACAUCAUCAUCAACGCCACCACCUUUUACACUAGCACCAUCGACAAUUUCCUAGCGAAAACAGCAUCAUCACCUCGACUUGAUCUAUCUCCUGGAUCCUCGAUUCUAAAAGACUUUACACACAGGUUUCCUGAACCUCAACACAGCUGGUCCAACGACUAUGGCAGACUUCGAGGCUCCUUCAGGGCCCCCACCUCCCAAGGUUCCCGAGGGGUGGGUCGCCCGGUGGAAUGCGCAGUAUUCAGAAUGGUUCUACGUAAACACCUACACUAAGAAAUCCCAAUGGGAGAAACCCACCGAGCCAGCCAGGCCUCCCAUGGAUGAAGCCCCUCCGGGUCCUCCGCCCCCGCCCGCCUACACCGGCGGCAGCGGGCCUGCCCCGACCGACUCCAAGACGAACCCCUUCACCCCGCAGUCCACCGGUGGCCCCGGCGGCCCCUCCGGCUCCGUCGACUCCGAUGCCGAGUUUGCGCGCAAGCUGCAGGAGGAGGAGGACGCCCGCGCCCGCGGCAACUUCGGCGGCGGCGGCGGCGGCGGGUCCGCCGCGAGCUACAUGAACUCCAGCCCUGGGCCCGGCCAGAGCUCAAGUCCGUACCCGAGCCAGCUGCCGCCUCGCGACGAGACCAAGAGCAAGGGCCUUCUGGGUAAGAUCUUUGGCGCCGGCAAGAGCAAGAUGAGCGGCGGCGGCGGUAGCCACGGGGGCUUCGGCGGCUUUGGUGGUGGCGGCGGCGGCCACUAUCCCCAGCAGGGCGGUUACUACCCACCGCAGCAGCAGCAGUACGGGUACCCCCAGCAGGGCUAUGGUGGCUACCCCCAACAGGGCGGGUAUGGUGGUUAUCCUCCGCAGGGAGGCUACGGCGGCGGCUAUGGGGGCGGCUACGGAGGCUAUGGAGGAAGGCCCCAGAAGAGCGGCGGCGGAGGAAUGGGCAUGGCCGGUGGAGCGGCACUGGGUCUAGGAGCCGGCUUGGUCGGCGGUGCCUUGAUCAAUGAGGCAUUCGACGACCAUCAGGAACAAGAGGCAUACCAGGAGGGCUUCCAAGACGGAAAUGAUUUCGGCGGUGACGAUGGAGGCGGCGACUUCUGAUCGCUCUGCCUGGUCACGAGCUCAUGAGGUCUGGAUGUCGGCGUUUCGGAUCGGGUCUGUUUUGUCUUGCCUUCUGUAUUAUGCUGAGUAGGGUAGGCAUCCUAGGAAUAUGAAGCCAUGCUGCGCGGUUGGCCAGCCUCUCG